UUCAUCAGCUGUAGUCAAUUCGAGAAAACUCAAAACGAAAACAAGACAAAACAACUACGUAUUUUUCGCUAAAUAAAGGAAUAGAGUUGAAAAUCUAGUAUUAAAAAGGAUGUCGGUUAAUACGGCACACGCCAAUAAUGGCGUGCUUAUACAUGCAGGCGAAUAUAUAUUGCUGCACAGCGAUAGCGUUUCGAUGGACUUUUCAGGACAGGACAACCCAUUGUUCAAAGGCUCCAAGCAGGGACGCAUCUAUUUGACUUCACAUCGCAUGAUUUUCAACAACAAGAAACCCGGUGAUGUCAUGCAAUCCUUCAGUGCGCCUUUUGUGGCUCUUUCCGACGUAGACAUUGAACAGCCUGUGUUUGGAGCCAACUACAUUAAGGGCAAGGUGCGUGCCCAGCCCAACGGAAACUAUGUUGGCGAGGUCAAGUUUAAGUUGCACUUCAAAGCAGGCGGCGCUAUCGAGUACGGUCAAGCUUUGUUACGUGCAGCCAAAACCGCAAUGGGCAAUUUACAUCGCGGCGGCAUGCCUGGGGACGAUCCACCGCCCUAUGCACCAGCCGGUGCUUGGCAUGAGGCACCGCCACCGGCCUAUCAGCCACCACCCGGCUACUACGGUUGGUUGCCGCAGCAUGAUGCGUUCACUGGUCCGGCACCGAAUACGGUGUUCAUUAGUGAUAAUCCGCCGCCAUAUCCUGGCAUCACACCACCACAAAAUCAGCCAGCACCACAACCACAGCAACAGCAGCCAACUGAACCCACUUGGUAUGGAUUUUCAGCACCACCAGAUCAGCAGCCACAAGGCUAUCCACAGGGCUAUCCUCAGCCACCACAGCAGGGCUAUCCUCAGCCACCACAGCAGGGCUAUCCGCAGCCCCCACAACAAGGCUAUCCACAGCCUCCGUCAUAUGCCUCGUGUUCGCCAAACUGUCCACCAGGAGCUCCAUAUGGCACACCAGCUCAAGUCUAUAAUCCAGGCGUUGCGCCUUAUGGCGGCUACAAUCCUAAUGUGCCUGGUGGAUUUAUGCAGCCCGGCUUACAACCAACUGGUUAUCCUGGCAGUGCACCGCCACCACAACAACAACCAAAUGGUUAUCCCGGCGCAGCUCCGGCUGCUCCAGCUGCUGGUGCCGCUGCAAGUGCUGCAGGAGGAGCUGCCGGUAACGCCGGCUGGAUGGGUUUCAGCUUGCCCCCUGGAAAUUCAAAAGAAGCCGAGGCUGCUGCAAGUGCCUAUAAUACGCCCUAUAAUCAAGGGGGACCCAAUGCACCAGGCUCCAGUGAAAUGCCGCCAUCCUAUAAUAAUUUGCCACCCAGUUACGAUGAUGCCGCAAAAAAGAAACAGUAGAGAAUGCUGAGGAAAACCAAAUCAACAGCUCAUUCCACUUAGCUGAAAACUAACUGUAUACUAAACAGCUUUAUUAAUAUUUGAAAUAAUUGUCGAAUUUUUUAAAAAGGCUUUCUGUAUUCAAAUUUAA